AUGCGGCCGGCCGCCCGACCGGCCCGGAGCUUGCAACGGCGGGCAGGCGGCGAGGCGGACAUAGCUCUGCCGCUGGCUGCGGCCGUGGCCGCGGCUGCCACCGCUGCCUGGAUGCAGCGUGCAGGGCCCGGCAGCCAAGAGCCGGCAAGCGCCGCGAGUGCCCUGGAUGCCGUCGAGGCAAGAGACUGGUUGGAAGAAGAGCUUCGGGACUUCGAUGGUGCUUCCGGUUCCGGGCCCAUCUUGCUAGCUGCGGAUGGCCUCGUCUUCAACGUGGCCUCUGCCAGGAACCUCUACGGCCCCGGCGGGAAGUACGCGGCACUUGCCGGGCGGGAUGCCUCCAGGCUGCUGGGGAAGAACUCCCUGGAGGAGGAAGAUGAGGCAUCACGGCAGAUGCCUCUGAACCUGGCGGAGAGGGCCUUCCUGUCUGCGUGGGUGAUGUCCUUCAAGAACAAGUACCCGCUAGUGGGGCGCCUGAAGGAGGAGGAGGAAGAAGAGGCUACACCGGCGGCGUUAAUAAAGGCAGCCGAGCGAGGAGAUCUCGGCCGGCUGCGGCGGCAGCUGAAGCAGGGAGCGGACAUCACCUGGGCUGAUGCCGAUGGCCUCACGGCCCUUCACUGGGCGGCACGCAGCGGGAAGGACGAAGUCGUCGAGCUACUGCUGAGCGCGGGAGCAGAUGCCGAAGGCCGGGACAAGAAGGGCCGGACCAGCCUCCACUGGGCGGCCACCAUGGGCCAAGCAGCGGUAGCUGAGAAGCUCCUGGAAGCCACAGACCCCGAGGCUGAGGCAGCUGAUGCCUGGCUUCCGCUGCACUUCGCUGCUCAGGGAGGCCACGUGGAGGUGAUCCAGGCGUUGCUGCGCCGGGGUGCUGAUGUAAACAGGACCUCCAGAGCCGGUGUAACGGCACUGAUGGGAGCGGCCCGCUCCGGCCACCUCGAAGCCACCAGGGUGCUCCUGGAAGCGGGCGCCAGCACUG